AUGAAGAGUAACAUAAGAGGAGAGUGAUCUUACACAAUAAAUCCAGCAAAGGCAUACUUAACUGUACCCUGUAAUCCCAGUAAGAGUCCAGGGAUCAAGGGUACAGCUUGUUGGCCUAUUGCGAUCAUUCUCGCAUACAUGUUGAUUAAACCAGGAAUCCUACACGACGGAGGGAAUUCACUGACUCAGACUGGAAGCGAGAGGUGAGGAAAAAAAGUGGACAUGGAAAGAGGGAGGGAGUGACAAGGGAAUGAAGGGUUAAGGUGAAUGACAGAUUGGAAACAGGGUGGCACUAUGAGUGAGAGAGGUUUGAAAUACCUCGCCACCCAUUCGGGCCCACUCCCCAGAAGCUCAGCAGCCGAACCGCAGACAGAUUUGGCCGCAGUAGGAAAAGAGAAGGGGGUGUUAGUGUCAGUGCGUGUCCCCGGAGAGAGGCGGUCAUUGUCUACUUUGCCAGUACACGGAUCAGCCGCAGGUCCAGUUGAAUCAUCCGGCACAGGACAAACACGUACAGUACAGCACAGCUCCUGCAUCCGAGUGCAAGUAGGUGCAGCGAGAGCAGGAUUCAGGAGACGAUCAACUUGAACAGCUCAGACAAACAUGACAGACGUGGCGGCAAAUGAGUUGGACGAGCGCUGCUUCCUGUCGGCGCAGGCCAUGUCCAGCCUCAAGGUGUCCGACCACUUCCAGGUGCUGAAGUUCUUGGGCGAAGGCUCGUACGGCAAAGUAAUGCUGGCCGUGCACAGGAAGAGAGGAACCCCGAUGGCCUUGAAGUUCUUCCCUCGUCAGUCAACGACACUCACCUCUUUCCUGAGGGAGUACAACCUCUCGCUUUCCUAUUGCACGCAUCCUUCACUGACACGCGCGCUGGGAAUCUUUUUCUCCACGUCGUCGCACUAUGUCUUCGCCCAACAGGCCGGUCUCUACGGCGACCUGUACAGCGUGAUUGUGUCAGAGGUUGGCCUGGACGAGGAACACGUCCAGAGAGUGAUGUCCCAACUGAGCGGCGCCGUGUCCCACCUGCACUCGUUGGGUUUCGUCCACCGCGACAUAAAACCCGAGAACAUCUUCCUCUGCGACAGCUCGUGCCGUUGGGUCAAACUGGGGGAUUUUGGCCUGACCCGGGCCGUCGGCUACACCGUCGGCGCCGUCUGGUACGAGUCGCCCUUUUGCACCCCUGAAGUGGAGCCCGCCAAGGAGGCAGAGAAGGCCAAAGACUGCAGUGACCUGGGAGAGAAGGAGACCAUUUGGAUCACAGUGGAGCCCAGCAUAGACAGUUGGGCCUUAGGCAUCCUCACCUACUGCCUGCUGACCGGCUGCUUUCCCUGGGAGGAGAGCACCACCGAUGACCCCGGCUACACCAAAUACAAAUCCUGGUUCGAGCGCGGGGACGCCAAGGAGGAAGCGGACAUCUCCACGGUCGAAAAAGAGAACCGGCGGAAUAACCCGCCGCCGUCACAGUUCCGAGGCCUCAGCUCGCACGUUAUGGCGCUCCUCCGACUGCUGCUCCAUCCUGACCCCGAACAGCGGGGGAGCCCUGAGGAGAUUCUGAGCUACCUGGGGGGACCCUGGUUGAUGGAGACGGAGAAGGAAGAGAGGAGGAGGGAUGAAGAGGCCCAGCGGGAGGCCAGGAAACUCGGGGAGGUGGGAGGAGGAGUGGGAGAGGAGCUUGUGAGGGAAGGAAGAGGCGAGAGAUAAGAUAUAGCAUAUUUUUUAAUUAAAAAAGAUAAAAAUAAAAAAUCUAACCAAAUACACUAUUCAGCAUGUGCCGAUAACAGUUUUGAAGGUAUACUGCAGUUUGAAAAAGUCAAGGUAUCAUUUACCACAGGAACUCACCAUACCAAUAAUAAGCUAUUUUUGGACUCCACGGUCUGCAUGCUGCAAUAUGACAAUGCCUUUGAAGUAAAUGAGCAGAGCCGCAGAUGUAAAAUUUCAAACUUGAAUUAUUAAUAGUUAAUAUUAUUAAUAUUUUUUCUCUGUCGAGUAGAAAUCACCAACUUGGUUUCGGCAGGCAUCAAGUAGGCCCCAAGUCAGCUCACAAUUAUGCAAAAUUGUGAUUUAAGAAUUAUAACAUUGAUUAAUUUUAUAUUUGUAUGGAAAACAUUUUUUACUGUAUAUUUUGCAUAUAUUGUCUAAAAAUAAGCAUUUUUAAUUGGAAUAAAGUUUUUUUUUAACCAUAAUUUUGUAAUAUAAUACAUUUUCGAGCUUUCAUUGUGAUACCAACCAUAAUUUUUUAAUAUAAUACAUUUUCGAGCUUUCAUUGUGAUAUCAUGAUAACGCCAUUUUUUUUUGCUCAGUGUUGUCAUACCGUGAGAAGCUCAUAUCGGCUCAUGUUUAUAUAUUUUUCACAAAAACUUUCAGUAUGACCUUCCUACUCUUUAACAAGGGGGUAAAGAUGAUUUAACUAAUUGGCUACCAUUGAUGGCAAUAGACAACUAUUUGAAUCGUACGCUGUUAGCCCCUCACAGAUCAGUUGAAUUGGACGUCUAUCAUCGUCAAUGGCAGCCAAUGACUUAAAGCAACACUGUAACUUUUCAACAAUUAUGAAAUAUUUUCAUUUAUGGUGAUAUGUGACCUGACAACUAGUUGAAUGACACCUCUUUUAUAUCUUGAAGGGGUCUUUAUCGCUUUCACCGGCACUAAUUGACUUUGAGGAGGGUGGCACACAAAAAAAAAACAGCUACAAAUGUGCUGACUGCUUUACGGCAUACGUCACGCCCCCUUUCUCCAUUCAUUAUAAAGACGGAAGUCGAUGCGAACGCUUUCGCGCGAAUUCGGCAAAGAUGGCAGAGCAACAAAAGAGACAAAAAGUUUUGUCUGAGGAGGGGAAAAAAGGGGAGGCUACCAGGAUAUUCAGAAUAAACAUUGGGCCAGCUUUCACGCUGGUGUGACUUGUAUCUCAAGGCACCAUUAUAUUGUAGAGUCCACAAUAUAAGGAAAUACGCAUGACUGGGCAAAAUAUCUAAUGAGAUUCAAUACAAGAAAUGUACCAACACAAAGAUAAUAAUGCUGAUAUGUUUAUUCAGUUUGAUAUAUUAUUUGCAAAUUUUAAAUAUUGAAUUGUAUUUAAUUUCAUUGGAUUGAGCAGAUGUAUAAAUAUUUUGAAAAUGCAAAUAUAUUCUGUAUUUUUCUUUUGUUUUUUUUUAUUAUAUCUGUAGAUAUUGUUAAAAAAUUCUGCUGUUGUAUAGAUUCCUGUGUGUAAA